CUGGAGCCAUCAGAGAACAGGCUGAGAACCCAUUAGCUGUUGUCUGAUGAGGUAACCUUUGGGGGAUGCCUCAUGUUCUUAGUCAUCCAAAUAAACAAAACAAACAAAAAAUAAUAAUGAAAUCAGCACAACUGGACCUUCCUGGCGUUGUUGAUAACUGGUGUGGUGGAAACCAUUCAAAAACUAUAAUCUUUUUGCUUCUACCUCAGUGGACUUGAACCUGAAGUCGUCAUUUAAGAGAAGAUGUGAAGGUUCCAGAACAGACACCUUGUCCACAACUUUAAGCCAGAACCUUUGUACAUCUGAACACUUCUACAAGACACACGCAUCAAUGUACUCAUAACGCCCUGACUACAAAAUAUAUAGUAAGGACUGGGAGCUAAACCUAUCAAAUGUCUUUUACGUGGCUUUAAAUGAGCCAAAUUUUUUAAGUGCUGACCUUACUCUAAAUAGGGAAACUGUGAGCUUCUUGAGAUACCAAAAUGGGAUGUUAGAUCAGUGAAAUCUACAACUGAAUUUUGACCUGAGAUAUCCUCCAAAUGUCCAGAUGCCACAUUGGGCCCAUGAUUGUGAAAUGAAUGGAAAAUAGGGAACAAGACCAAAACUACGUUCUUGUAGGGUCAAAAGGUCUUCUUCCUUUUCUGUUUGAAUGAUGGUUGGCUAGCGUCAAAGAUGCCAGAAGCACAACAAGAAAUACAACCUCUUGACCAAAUAUAGAAAAUAGAAAAAAGAUUCAUUGCUGUUUCUCCCAUAAAGUGACAGUUGCAAUGUGAGCCAAAUACAAAUAGAGUGAAAAGUAACAUAAAAAUAAGAUGGAAGAUACAUAAAAAAACAAUCAAAUGUUGCAUAUGUAUCACAAUUUGACAGAGAUAAUAAAUAAAUAUAAGAGAGUCUGAAGUGUUGAGGGUGACCAACACUCUGUGGGAGGACUUCUAAAGUUUGACGGCCACGGGCAGGAAUGUGUUGCGUUGUGUGGUAGAUUUAGGAAGGAUGAAUCUAAGGUUGUCCUCAGACUGGCCAGUGUGUUGUGGAAUGGGUGGGAGGAGUUGUUCACCAAGUUAUAAGUGGUUUAAUCAAAAUUGUGAACAACAAGGUACAUACAAAUGUCCAGGGCAACUUUAUCCUCAGGUUCUGUCCUUUGCUGGCCCAGUCUUUGCCAAUUAAAGAAAAAACAAAAGCAGACUCCUCGGAAAUCUCCAUCCAGACUCUACUUGCCAACAUCCUCCUCCUCUCUGACACUGUUCAGAGUCCACCUCCACCCCUACAACAACACAGGCCUUGCCUUUCAGUUUGUUGAGUCUGUUAGCAUCCACCAACCAGCUCAGUGGUUCACCACAGACUCGUACAACAUCCUCGGCAUCGUCCGGCAGAUAUUUGAAGGACCUCAAUCCCCUCAGAAACUAGAGUCGACACUGGCUCUUCCUGUAGAGUAGCCUCAGUGUUCUUAAACCGGUCCAGUUUAUUGUGGACGUGCACUCCCAGAAACUUGUCCAUGCGGGACCCCUGGAUUGUACCAUGGGUCAUCAGAACGUUUAAAAGAAAAGAAAAGUUUCCUGGAGACAAAUCUUCCAGAGAGGGUUAGGGAGUUUAUGGCAACGUUGGAGGACCAGAACAUUUCUGGAGUAGAGGACACAAAGUGCGAGCUCCCCUCUCCACACUGCAUUAAUUAUUGGACUGAAUCCAGUCGACUCUAGGAGAAGACAAGGACAGACUUUAGGAAUCUAUUUAAGAUCGUAUCAGGAGUCAGGUCGGACGAUGCUGAAUAUUAAAAGAAUUUGAUCAGGACGUCACUAACACAGAGUUUCCUGCUCUUAUUUCUUGCUGUCUCAUCUCAUUUAAAGAAAACCCCGCAGCCUGCUCGUCAUUGGUCCACUUUUACCUGAAUAAGCUGUGCAUUGCGCGGUCGGGGCCCAUCGUCACCACCACCACCACUCUCAUCUUCAGAUUUAUCAAUGGUCAGGAGGCUCACGCGCCGCAUGAUGUCAUGGAAAGCUGAUCGGGCUGGAGCAGGAUGCUGACCCACCACGCUGCCACAUUAAUGAGCUCAGUUACUCCAUUUGUUUGCGGCCCUCCACUUUAUCUGUUGGCAGGCUUUCCACUUCCUUUUUGCAGGCUGAGAGUGUUUGCGGCGCGAUGGUUUUUAGAGGUUUAGGGCACUCUGCCCGAACAGUACGCCACUGUUGGACAGAGUCGAGAGGGAGAAAAAAAAACAGAGGAAGAAAGGGAGGGGUUGGAGUGUGGGGAGGGGGGCAAGCAGACAGGCCGACGGCGAGAUGGAGACUAAUUGAUCAGGACGACUUGGUGAGAGAAGCGGGGCAGAUGGAGGAGAGGCACUAUAUCUGUGGGAGUCAUAGGAGGAGGAGGAGGGGGUGGUUUUAAAGUUCUCUUCCAGCUCCACUUUUAUGAGGAUAUUUAGUGAAAAGGUGAGUUAAACGUUAACAUGCUGUCCACCUUCUGGGGGAGGUUUGUUGUCGUUGCUGGUAAAUGGCCUGACUGGACAGGCGAUUAGAUUAGAUCACGACUAGACUUGGUCCUGAUUCGCUCUCCUCUCCGUUUCCUGGAAAUAAUUAUUUUUAGUCCUGUUAGCAGCACAGCUCCAUGAAAACAGCGGCGGUCCAUCAGUUCCUCACUUCGGCCCAGGCCCCGGCAUCUCUACAGCUUGACACUGAAUUCUACCCAAAUAGCAUUUCCCCAGAGGAUGCACUGAUCAGCCAUAACAUUAGGACCACUGACAGUAUAAGCGAAUAACAUCCUGUGACAGUUCAGUGUUCUGCUGGGAAACUUUUGGAGCUGGCAUUCAUUCGUGUGGAUGUUGCAUAGACAUGUAGCCCCCACCCCAUAGCAAUGACACUCGUUGGUGGCAGCAACAACACAAAAGCUUUAGUUUGCUUUAUGUUUUUUCAUCAAUCAUGACACUUGUUAUGCAGAAUUGCCUCAGAGUGAAACCACAGUCAAACAGGAGGUUAAACCCCAGAAAGUUAAAUUCAGAGGCAGACUCAGCCUCCCUGCCCCCCAUUCCGUCCUAAACCCAAACAUGGUCACGCCCCUCCCUCCUCUCUCAGCACGAGCCCGGUCUCCCUGCGAGCCCUGGGGACCUGCUAUUGAUCGGUGCCUCGUAGGUAGUGAUUGGACAUGAGUGGAUAAUUUCCUUUGCUGCAUUAGAGUCCAUUACUGGCCCGCUCCCCGGAAAGAGAAAGACAUCCUCAAAAGGAAAAGAAAAAAAAAAAGACAGAAGAUUCUUCUUGGAAAAGCAAAUGAUUCGCCAGCCAAGGCUCCUCCAACUUUAUUAUCGGGUCCAUUUGGAGGAACUAUAAUGAGAUGCACCGGCAGCAGCCGAAAGGACGUCCCUCUAAAUAACUGAGACACUGUUCUUGACACUUUUUUUUUUUUGGUCAGAUUUGAAUAAAACUACAGGAUUAAUGUGGAUGUCUGUGUUGUUUGCUUGCUUGCAGCACCUGUGUCCUUCAUUUAGACCUUUCAUGAAAUUCUCAGCUGACGGAAACAACCUUUACAAUGUGACUCUUGGUCCCUCUGAGACCGGGCUGGACUAUUUGAGGCUCGGUGCACCUCAGGGCUUUUGGUCAGAUCAUUACUCAUUCCCAUCACCGGAUCCUUUCUGUUAGACUCCCCUGACUCAGUAAUAUUCUUUUUUUUUUCUUUUUCUUUUUUUCUUUAAGGCUGAAAGGAACUGUUCAUGGAGAAAUGCUAAUAUCUGCUGUUAUCACAAAGCCAUUUAGGAGAAGUCUACCUUGUUUAUUUGGGGUGGGGGUGGUUAGCUUGUAACUCAGACCAGAGACUGAAUAUCUCUAUGAUUACAACCUACAAUCAUUUCUCCCUCCAAUAAAACCUAAAACUGCAACUCUAACUUAACUCUAAUUGAGUAAUGUAUAAAAUAUCCAGUCAUAUGUUUGAGAGCAGAUUGUUACAUUUGAAAAUCUCUGUUGAACACUGGAUGAAAACCUUUUGAUUUUUGGUUUUUAAGGACUUCUGCAAAACUCCAUUAAGAAAACCUCAGAUUUAAGCCAUUGAUGUCCAUUAAAAUAAUUCUCCUAAUGCUCGGUUACUUGUAAUCCCGUUAUGUUUCUAGUUUGGAGGACUCUGUUUUUUGUUCAGAAGCAGAAACACUCACUAUCUGCCUUGAAUUUUUAAUGAGAAACCAACAAAACUGAAUCUAAAUUUCUAUUUUUUCCUCUUUUCCCUGUGACUACAAAUCAUUUCUUCUAGGAAUAAAACUUAAAACCCCUGCUGCUUACAGCUCUUUAUAGUUUUUCGUUUCAUUUGUGAAGCCUGUUGUGAUGUGAGGACCCAGAAGGAAGAUUUUACAUCCGUUUUUUGAAUAAUUUGCUUAAUUUAUUGCAUUUUAAGUAAAAUAAAUAUUCAUAUGUUUGGUAACAACUUCUUAAAUUUGGAAAUCUCUGUUGCGUUUUGGCUGAAAUCUAAGGAUUUUAGACUUUCAAGGACUGCAGCAGAAGUCCACUUAGAAAACCUCAGAUUUAAGCCAUUGAUUUCCAUUAAAAUAAUUUUUUUGUAAUGCUCAGUUAUAAUCCUGGUAUGUUUCUAGUUUGGAGCAGUUCUAGUUUGUGUUUUUUUUUUUUUUUUGCAUAGAAGCACAUCAGAAAGGGAAACAUUCGGAAUCUGUCUUGACUUUUUAAUAGAAAACCAGCGAAACUGACUGGUUCCUCUGUGGUAGCAGGAGGCCGUGAAGGAUAAGUCUGUGUUUACUUUUCUUUUAUCGCCUUGAUAACAACUGAAAAUCAUUUAAUAAAACUCCUGCUGCUUGCAGCUCUUUGUAGUUUUUUUUCGUUUGAUUUGUGAAAGCUGCUAUGACCCAUCUGGAAGAUUUUACAUCCGUCUUGCUAACUUUAUUGCACAUUAUGUAAAAUAUAUAUUCAUAUGUUUGGUAACAGCUUCUUGGAUUUGUAAAUCUCUGUUGCAUAUGGGCUGAAAUCCCUUAGAUUUUAGGCUUUGAAGGAUUCUAGACUUUGAAGGACUGCUGCAAAAGUCCAUUUAGAAAACCUUAGAUUUAAACCACCAGCAGCUGUCACCGAUUUCCAUUCAAAUAAAAUUCCCUAAUGUUCAGUUAUUUGAAAUAUUUAUAGGUUUCCGGUUUGGAGAGUUUCCUUUUUUUUGCUUAGGGGCACAUCAGAAAAACAAUCACCAGCGACGGUGAGGCUUUGUUUUUUUUUGAGGAAUCCCUAAAAACCAAAAGGCUGCGUGAAUCAAACCCCCCAAAAAGAAACCAGAUCUCUCUGUGAGCCACAAAAACCAUGAUCACUGGCGGAAAAUGUUGCCCUUAAUUUAUUAAUUUACAGCCAUGUUAUUCUGUCCCUUCUUUGGACCCUAAAUUCACCACCAGCCCCCUGCAGGGAACCACGGCUCCAGCUGCCUUUAACAGCUCCAUGCUUUAUCUGCGGCUGAGGCUGAUCUUUGAGCCAGGGGCCCUGAUAAUGAUGCUAUUUGUAACCCAGCAGGUGAGGCCUAUAAUGGGGGGGAGUUUGCAGUGGGUCACCACAUCCCACCACAUACAAUAUUCCCUGUAGCAGACAGACAGACAGACAGGGGGACGGGCUGACCAGCUGCUGCUGCUGUGAAUACGCUGCAGCUCAUCUCUUCAGAGCCAGAAGUAGAGCCUGCAUGGGUCUGGAAAGUUAUCUCCUCCAUCAUAUUAAUGGGGUAAUAAUGUGAUUGAUUGCUCAUCUCUCUGGGGAAAUUGGCUUCUCUGCUUCCUGGGAGUGCACGACUCAUCAGAGAGCCGCGCAGCCGAGUCUGAUCCUUGCUCAAGAGGCCCUCAGCAGGGCGAAUACUCGGGCUCCAUCAGCUUCCUCGGCGAGGGUCUAGAGAGGCGGAGGAGGAGGAGGAGGGGGAGGGGGAGGAGGAAGGGGAGAGGAAGAGAGGAAGGGGACUUGGGCGCCUCAGGACGGCCGAGCCCCGUUGCGAUGCACGGAGGCUGCUCGGAGAUGCUCCCCGGGUCUCCGGAGCGCAUGAGGCGGUUCCAGGCGACCGACGGUCCCCAGAAAGUUCCGGACUCUUCCGGACGCUGAUGCGCGGCUCUGCUGGGCUGCCUCGCUGUAGGUUCGGCAAACAGCAGCUGGAGCACGGCUCGGUUCGGAUCCCACGGAGCGGAGGCGUAUCCGCCGAGGGCGCCGCGAUCUGCGAGCCCCGGAGGCUGCAUCGCAUCCCUGCGUCGCAGUGGUAGUGGUGGUGGUGCUGGUGGUGGUGGCUGGUGGUUGGUGGUGGAUACCGUGUACGCGUGUCGGGUGGCAUCUAUGCAAUUUUAUUUGGACUUUUCAUUUUAUUAUGAGCACAGAGGAGGGAGAUGCGGGUCCAGCUUUCGGGGAGCCGAGCGGAGGCGCUGCCAUCACUCACCGCCACACCUGGGAGGAAGGCGAUCCGCUCGGCUCCCAAGGACGUCCGCACCCCGGCGACGACGACGCGGAGGAGGAGAAGGAGAAGAAGGAGAAGGAGAAGGAGGACGAAGCGCGGCGGGGAAAGGAGGGAGAGGACGUAGGGAGAUGCCGAGAGGGCCGGAGCUGCGGGGAUGCGUGCGGAGGGAACGCAGAGAAAUUCAGCGAGGAGGAGGAGGAGGAGGAGGAGGAGGAGGACGGUGCGGUCGGGGGCACAUCCAGCAAGACGCAGGCGGCGAUGCAUUCAAACUGCAGCAGCGAGAACUGCAUCCCCACUCCCAGCUGCCGGAUCUGCUUCCAGGGCGCAGAGCAGGGCGACCUGUUGAACCCGUGCAGGUGCGACGGCUCGGUGCGCUACACCCACCAGCACUGCCUGCUGAAGUGGAUCAGCGAGCGAGGCUGCUGGACCUGUGAGCUCUGCUGCUACCGCUUCCACAUCAUCGCCAUCAACCUGAAGAGGCCGUGGCAGUGGCAAUCCAUCACCAUCACGCUGGUGGAGAAGGUGCAGAUCAUCGCUGUGUUUCUGGGCUCCCUCUUCCUGGUGGCCAGCAUCUCCUGGCUGCUGUGGUCGGCUCUCAGCCCGCAGGCUAUCUGGCAACGCCGCGACGUCCUCUUCCAGAUCUGCUACGGCAUGUACGGCUUCAUGGACCUGGUCUGCGUGGGCCUGAUUGUCCACGAGGGGGCAGCAGUGUACAACGUGUUCAUGCGCUGGCGGGCCGUCAACCUCCACUGGGACGUCCAGAGCUACGACAAGGCCAAGGACAUGGAGGACACGAGCGCCGCUCACUCUUCUUUGACCCCCAGGACGCUCUGGUUGCCUCUGGCCACCUUCGGCCCCAGCGGCCCCUUGCACUCCACCCAGCUGGGGGCGCAGCCAUGGACCUGCCUCUGUCUGGCACCCUUCUGCCCCGGACUGGUGCCCCGAAACAACCUCGGCCAGGACAGUGACUCAGGAGAGGUUGUCAUCCGUGUAACGUCGGUGUAAACGCUAAGCAGUAUUUAUGCAGGAACAAAACAUCUGAAGGGCCUAAAACCAUUCUGGACAGUCGGUAUUUUUUUUUUUGUCUUUAUUUUUCUUCAUUUAAUUGAAACCGUUUGCCUUCUGUGGGGCUGUAGACAUAUUCAGUACGACGUGCAAGCACAUCAGUACAGGUCUCAUGAUGGUUUAGGAUCGUGAGCUUGUCUCUGUGAGUGUUAAUGGAUAUUGUGCAUGGUCAGUCUAGACCUAUACUCCAUAAUUCAAUAAUUAGACAAUUAGAAUUUGUCUGAUUUGUUGCAACAAUGCCUGAGACAUCAUUUAACUUCGGGUUGAAUGUUCGGGAUCUUUCAGAAAACGUGCCCGGUUGGAACUUGGUGAUGAGCGUAGCACAAAGCUGUGUUCUUGGUCCUGUUUACAGGAGAAUGGUGGCCAUGUUGGUGCAUCUGCUUUCCAAAUGUAAACUAAUAUAUAAAUAAAACGGAGCAGCAGUUGUUUCGGUUCAGUUAGUAUUGAAUUCAAACGUAUUCCGAUAAAUGCAGCUAGAAUACCUCACUUUAGUUUUCCUUGUAAUUAAUGGUAUGACAGCAGCGUCAAACUUAAAAUCCAAAGCCAUGCUAGCAUAGAUGUAAUACUCAUCGCACAUGAAAAUGACAAUAAUGGACCUGGACUUUGUCAGGGUGUGUUCAGACUUAGAGCACCAUUAUGCAAACAUUUGUUUUUGUUAACUGUUAGAAGAUGUCUAGCUAGCUGCUAAAAUGAUCCCAUACUCCAUCAGUCGAACAGCGUGGAGGCCAGCAGCUCAGUGUCGGUCAUGUAGCCUGUGAUUUUGUAGAGCGCUCAUCAACAACUGAAAGUCGGUUCAACGUACGACCUCAGCAAUCCAAACACAGAUAGACGACUUUUAGGACCUGUGUACACACCUGGUGUUAAAUAAUUAAAAUAUGGCUCCAUUAGUUCAUCCUGCUCUGGAGAUCUGAUCUCAGUCUGUGGGUAAUUAAGCAGCAGCGCCACCAUGUGGUCAGUAGAAUAUUAUAUCAGCUACUGUCUCUAAUGGAUCUCUACCUACCACUGUACCAGAACCAGGAACACAUGGUUGGUGACUUGGAGACAUGAUCCAGAUUUAGGAACAAGAUGGAAAGGAAGGAAGGUGAUGAGGUCAGUCUUUAAUGGGGCCAGGACUCAUUGUGGGGUCACACUAACUAAAAGGAAUAAGGUUACAUGGGUCCUAGACCACCUCCACAUAUGGACUGAGACCAGAUCAGGGUUCACACCUGGACUUUAAUAUGGAUCCUUUACAAUCUGAUGUCAACACGAGGUCCGAACAGGGCUUUAAUCUGGAUCAGUCUCUUGCUUGAUUACUCUUUGUCUCUUUGGCCUUAGUGACUAAUAAUACCAAGCUAGCUUCUUGUAGCUGUUGGGCAGUGUGACCUAGUGCCUUAAAUGUGACAGAAAAGGACUAAGAACAGAAAGUGAAGUAAAUCGGUGUCAAAUACAAGUCAGUUUUUUUUUUUUUUUUUUUUUUUGGAGCUGUUGCUUUACUGUAAAACAGUUUAAUAAUGUUGAUUGUUUGCUGUAUACCAGGAUCAUGGUGAAAGUGUUUAGUGUCUAUUUUAAAAGGAUAAAAGUUAAUGGUGAAUUAGGCCGAUUAUUAGAAGUGUUGCUGUAGCUAAUCUUCUGAACUAUUUAUCAAAUCCAUGUGGUUAAAAGAAGUCUGAACACACCGUCAGGCUCCGUUCAGCAUCGCUCUUUGUCUGCCUCACCUGCGCUAACAUGCCAACACUUGAGGAGCACAAUUACAGUUAGCAUUCAGCCACUCUUUUCUAAUGUAAUCUCGUGAGCAUGCUAACACGCUGAGUUAUGGUGUCUGCAGAGCCGUACUUCAGGAUACAGGGAGAGGGAUACGGGGCUCAAUGAUCUAACGAGCACAAAAACUGAUUUAAGGAAGAUAUUAAAGGUUUCAGUUUCACAAAAUGAUGCAGCAGAAUUUUUAAUGUUACAAGUUUCCGUUCUCAGUGCUGGAUCCUCAGAUGGUUUGUGUCGGUAUAAAUGCAGCUGUUUUAAAAGUGUGGUUUUUCCUCUCUCCUUAACCUUUUGUUGAGGUUCCAAGAGCCCUGUGAGGUUCAGGUUGUGGGGUUUUCAACUGGGUGGGGCGACAUAGGUCGCUUUAUUUAGUUAUCUUAUUAUUUUUGGUGCCUUAGAAGGCUGGAUGUCAGCACAGAAAUGACUUGAAUGUGACUUCCUCUGUCGGAUGUACUUCUGUUUCUUUUGAAUGUAACAUGGAUGUAAUGUAUAAAGAAUAUUUAUAUACACAG